GUUUUAGGUGUCUUUAUUUCAUCUCUUUUCUGACGCACGCUUAAAAUACGAGAUCAUUUAGUCCAUUUUGUGAAACAGCUCCAACCGGGAUAGUUUGUUCUUAAUAUAAAAGGAAAUUCUUGUUUUUACCGCAGGCGUACCAGUCGCUACUCUUGUCCAUGCAAGUGGUGCUUCCGUAAAGACCAUUGAAGAGCCAAAGUGCGACACCAAUUCAGGUCCACUUACAUAUCAAACCAAGAACAAAUAUGCUUAACCAAUCCGUGUUAAAUUCUGGAUGGGAACCUUUGGCCGAAGUGGAGCAGACCCUCGGAUGGCUCGAUUUCGGAGUUUUUUCAGCCAUGCUGGGAAUUUCGGCGAUUAUUGGCUGCUACUUUGGCUUUUUCUCAGGACGGGAAAACACAGCCAAGGAAUAUCUCAUGGGAGGAAAAAGUAUGGGAAUUGGUCCUGUUUCUCUUUCGCUCAUUGCCAGUCAUAUUUCUGGAAUAACGGUGCUGGGGGUGCCUGCUGAAAUAUACAGGUACGGGAUGCAGUACUGGGCAGUCAUCAUUUCCGGAUUUAUGGUCAGCUAUACCGUGGCCGCGGUAUACGUUCCGGUUUUCAUCAAACUCCAACUCACUUCUUCCUACCAAUAUCUCGAAUUGAGGUUUGACAACAACGUCAAAAGAAUGGCGUCGGUUUUGUUUGUGAUCUCACAAAUGCUAUAUAUUCCUAUUGUGGUUUACGUCCCAGCUCUUGCAUUUAGCCAAGUAACUGGGAUCAACGUUCAUCUCGUCACUCCAAUCACGUGCGCCGUUUGCAUCUUUUACACAACCUUGGGAGGAUUAAAAGCCGUGGUUUGGACUGACACUCUUCAGACAAUUCUGAUGUUUGCCUCAAUGGUGGCCGUUAUGGUUCUGGGCGCAGACAAAAUCGGCGGAUGGGGUGAAGUUUGGAAACGGAACGAGGAAGGCGGCCGUCUUGAGUUUUUCAAUAUGGAUCCAGAUCCGUUGAAGAGACACACUUUCUGGACAGUGCUGUGGGGAACCUACUUUGGCUGGCUGUCACAGUGUGGGGUCGGACAAGGCAUGGUCCAGAGAUAUCUCUCUGUUCCAAAUCUAAAAUCAGCUAAAUGGACUAUUUUCUGGUUCAGCAUUGGGCUGGGUUUAAGCAAAGUGUUAAGCAGCGCUACUGGAAUGCUGAUUUACGCCUCGUACCAAAGCUGCGAUCCUCUCAGCUCGGGGAGAGUGAAGAGACCAGAUCAACUAUUGCCAAUGUACGUUUUGGACGUGGCCGGUCAUAUUCCGGGAUUCACUGGACUUUUUGUCGCUGGAGUUUUCAGCGCCGCUUUGAGUUCAAUGUCAACGGGGUUGAAUGCUCUAUCUGGAGUGAUAGUGGAUGAUUUGCUGGCCGACGUGCUUCCGACCAAAAUUGUCAGCAAAGGGGUGCUGCUCCGACUGGCGGCCGCUUUAAUGGGCGCUGUUUGCGUUGGACUCGUUUUUGUGGUCGAGCAUCUUGGAGGAGUUUUGCAAGCAGCACUGAGUCUGGGUGGAAUUACUUCCGGCACCCUCCUCGGCCUAUUCACCCUUGGAAUGUUUGUCCCGCGCGCCUCUAGCAGAGGCGCCCUUGUUGGCUCCUGUGUUUCCCUUCUGCUUGUGAGUUUUGUAGUUUUCGGGGCCCAAAAUCACUUGGCCAACGGCACAAUGAAACAUCGCACACUUCCAUUUUCCGUGCACGAGUGUUCGGCCAACUUCACAGUCUCCGACCCUGAGUGGCCGGACAAUGAUGCAGUGUGGCCCAUUUUCCGCCUUUCGUACAUGUACUUCGGACUCUUGGGUUCGCUCAUUGUGCUUCUGGUCGGGAUUCCCGUCAGCUACAUGGACACCAGCAAGAGGAAAUCGCUGCACAAAGAUCUCUUCUGUCCGCUAGUUCACCGAUGGUUACCAGAUCAAAUGGACCAGAGGCACCCGACUGAAGUCAAAUUGCUGUACGAACUUGAAACGUAAACAAUAUUUUCAAGAGAAUUAUUUAAUAAUAAAACUUUAUUUGUAUGGGGAUUAUAGAUAAUAAAAUUUUAA